UGCUACCCUUAAAUAGUCGCACCGCUUGUCACAUCCACGGCAUGAAAGUCACGCUUCUCCUUUUUUGCACUCUUCUUCCGGUCAAUUUUACGAAAGGUCAGCUAGCUGAAGAACCCGAGCCCGAAUUUUUAGCCCCUUUGGAAAAUCACACCGUUCCUCAAGGAAGGGACAUCUUUUUCACCUGCGUCGUCAACCAUUUAUCGAGCUAUAAGGUUGCGUGGAUAAAGUCGGACAACAAAGCUAUUUUAGCUAUUCACACUCACAUGGUGGCUCAAAAUCCUCGCCUCUCCGUUACUCACAAUGGCCACAACACGUGGAAGCUGCACGUACAAAAGGUACAAAGGGAAGAUUCCGGAACUUACAUGUGCCAAAUAAAUACCGAUCCCAUGCGAAGCCAGAUGGGAAUAUUAGAGGUGGUAAUUCCUCCAGACAUACUUCCAGAUAACGAAUCGUCUGAAAGUUCGGGGGUGGUAGAGGGCGGUACGAUUAGAUUAAGAUGCAGGGCAACGGGGGUCCCUCUACCAACGGUCAAUUGGAAAAGGGAGGAUGGCAAGAAUAUUAUUAUAAGACACGAAUUGGGCCGAGAAAAAUCUGUAUCGAGCUUUGACGGCGAAAUUUUGACACUGACAAACGUGCAAAGAACGGAUAUGGGCGUUUAUUUGUGCAUCGCAAAAAAUGGAGUGCCUCCUUUAGUCAGCAAAAGAUUUGAUGUUGUAGUUCAUUUUCAUCCCUUAAUAAUUGUUACGAAUCAGUUAUUAGCAUCGCCGAUUGCACGCGACGUUGUAAUGCAGUGUGGGGUGCAAGCUUCCCCAAAAGCUAUGAACCAUUGGAUGCGUGAUACCGGUGAAAAAAUAAUACCAAGCGAAAAACACGAAAUGGAAGAAAAAAUCGUAAACGAAUAUUCACUGGAAAUGAACCUUAAAAUUCGUAACAUCGAGCGCAAAGACAUCGGAGGAUAUAUAUGUACGUCAUCAAACGCCUUGGGCAAAGCUGAAGGCACAGUCAGACUUCAAGAGAUUCACUUGCCUUUAGAAACGACAUCAACAACUACCACUCCUAAAUACGUGGCUCCCAAAACGCAUAAACCCCUCGCCAAAGAAAAACCAGCGAAAACCAAGACAGGGAAAACGAGGAAGAAAGAAUUUGAAAGCAAAAGGGAAGAAAUUUCUCCUUUUGUCUUAUUUGUGGAUAAUAAGCUUCUCACACCGUCAGUAACAGUAGCAACAACGACUAGUCAAUCACCUGUAAUUCUGCAACAAACAAAUAUCAGUUCGUCGAAAGUAUCUACCUCAGUUUACUUGUACUUUUUAUUAUUUUAUCACUUUAUUUUUACACAAAAAUCAUACUGAGGGAUGAGUUUUUUGUACAAAAAUUAAAAUCGUUUUAUUGUUAUCGAUUCAUUGACGUUUACAUAUUGACAGGUCAGUUUUAUUUAAUUUUGUCGCCUAUCGAGAUUUAAAAUUCUAAAAUACAUUUCUGACAACCUCACCCUAGUGAUAAUCCAAAAUAUAAUCGGAGUGUUACUUUCGACAUUAUGCUAUUGAAGGAUGCAGAAUAAGACGGCCUGUUUAUUAACCACGGCCUGUCUCUAUGCGGAGUAGUUUAUUCGAGUUAUAAUGAAGACGUAAAGAAAAAAAAUCGUUUUUCCAAAUAAAAAAAAUUACGCAUAUAUUGUAUCUUACAAGCUACUGCUUUGCAAAGCGAUAUACGCUGCAAAGCUCUUUAUGUUUGUUAAUAUUGAUAGCAGUCGAAAUUAUAAUUUUGCCAUUUUGGAGUUCCACUCCUAUCCAAAUUGUUAUGUUGUCGCAGAAGAAUUUCAAGUUGCCCGUCAUGCUUAAUCUUCGAACAAACAUGUGCAUGUAAUAACAAAUUUGUUGUAACAACCUAUAAGCAGUCUUCCCAGUACGUUAUAAAUAUAAAUACAAAAAUUAGAUAAAAUUUAGUCUAAGGAAAUUGGGUUUAAAUCACUGAUGCCCCUUAUAUAAUACAUACAGGGUAUUUGCGUUCACAUCACUUUGUAUAUUGAAAUUGUACGCAGUUAAGAAUUGGUUGCUGUGAGGCCAUUUUUCAAAUUAACUGAAAAAAUGGGGAAAGUUAUUUGGGCACUUAAAAAUGAUUUAAAUUAAUUUUGAUAAAAUAUCUAUUUGACUAUUAUUCUGCGUACCCAUUUAUGAAUUUAUAUCAAACGUGAAACAAUAUUAAGUAUAAGCGUAGAGACAUUAGACAAUAACAAAUGAAUCAAUAUUGUAUUGCUCAAAUUUAUUUGCUGCCGUCUUUGGUGCAAAAUGAAUGGUGUGAAAUAUGACAAAAAAUCGAAGAGAAAAUUUGCAACAAUAUUGAAAUUUGCAAACCGACAACAAAUACUCCAAUGUAGUUAAAAGAAAGCGUCUACUACUCUGGAUAAUUAAACUUUUUCGAUAUUGAUCACCCCAUCCAAUAUAAAAAAGCAGGCAGCGGAGGAAUCUAAUAUUCAUAUUUGAUAUUAUUUCAAUGAAAAACUCCUGCAGCAUAUCACUAAGAUGGUACAGGGAUCAACGACAAUAGAACUGACAAUAAAACUACAGUAAGUGCCAAUUUGUUGGAAGUGCAGUUUAGUAGUGACAAUAAUCAGAGGCAAGAAAUUAUUAGGACCUAACAUAUCCUAUGAACUGCUUUAAAAUUAAAUUAUCUGUACUAUAGAUUUUGGGUCUCUGAAGGUUCAAUUUUUUUAUUAACACAUGCGCUUUCUUAAAUGGAUGAAACAAAUUUUAGGGACUGAUUUUUCAAAUAAAAUCUCUUUUGUUGAAAAUGCGCUUUAUAAGAAGGCAAUAAUCAACCUUUCGUCACUCUCAAAAAUUAUUCCCGAAGACUGAAUACGGGUAACCUCAAUUAAAUCUGCAUGGAAAAUGAACACCUAAAAUUUUUUAACAACCGUUUAUAAAAUAUAAAACAGAAACUAUAUGUGUGGUAAGACGUCUGAGAAAUAUUCGGUGGAUUCAUAUCAAUGGCACAGCAGUCAUCACUAUAUUACUAACUGCAAUAUUCAGGUAAAAUUAAUUUGAAUAAAAUCCUUUUUUAUUUUCAAUGCAGGAUACCUACGCUACCGUUUAAAAAAAGUAUCGAAAAUCGAAAAUAUGGGUAACGUAUAUUACAAAAACUACUAAUUUGGUAAUCCCCCGUUUUUUUCACAUAUUUUUGGCAACUAAAAAUAUUUUUCGGUAGCAUUUACAUAUAUGGGAGAUAUUCUAGUGUAACAUCAAAUUAAUAGAAGUAUUUUUUACGUUCGUUUCGUAGAAUGGACUACAAUUAUUAUUACAGUUCAAAUCUGGAAACGAGAUAUAUUAUACAAUCAGAAUGUUGUUUAAUUAUAAUAGUUAUGUAAUUAAACGAAUGUUAUUAAA